AUGGCGGCCAAAUACACCCCUCCUGCGUCGCCUCCGUCGCCAUCGGCUUCGUUUUACGAUGUUAGCGAUGAGGAUGAGGACGAGUAUAGCACAAUAGCCCAUCAGCAGUCCCGCAAAGGUGUAAAACUGCUGUCUAUGUUCAUCCUACUGCAUCCUCCAAAGACAAUAUCGCCGGUUUUAUCGCUCUCGUUCAACAAAAGCCUCCCCCCCGCGCCCAUCAACUCCGCGGGUGUCUCUCCCAGCAACAAUGAAGCUGCCUCAUUCUUGCUCGCAUGGGUCCCCAAAACAUCCCUAGGCGAUGCAUACGAUACAUACGUCAAAGUCGAUCUGUGUGAUGAUGCAUCAGCACCCCGUCAAAGAUGUCUUGUCCCGCCGCUUCCGGCCACCACCACCUAUCGAGACCCGAUCGGCCUCUACUCCUUCGCCGUUCCAGUUUCCGAAAUCUACUCUCUACUCGUGCGGCCUCCCAGCUUUGGAUGGUGGUUCGGAAGUCUAGUCAUCAAUACCCGUUCAGGAGACAGUUUUCCUGCCUUAUUCUUUCACGACAGCGAGUGCGAAUCGACGAUACUGCAGAAGAAGAAACGGGUCAAGGAAAGUUUCGACCCUUUUGAUAAUGAGGGCAGUCUUUUCUGGGGUGGGGAUGAGGUUCUUCGAUGGUUGAGGAGAUAUGUCGAAGUCCAGCGGUCAUCGGUUGAUCGCAACAUCUACCUAGUCAAUCCUUCCGAUGAAGAUCAGCUGUCCUUCGGACGUGCAGCCAUUGCCGGAGAUAACUCAACCGUUUCCAAAGCGCAGCCAGAGGCUUCUGCUGCAGGGCCAAGUGGAGGUGCUGCACCAAGAGACGCCAGCAUGGAUCCUUUCAUGAAGACGCUCAAGGAGACUCGGUGGAAGGUGCUGGAACACCUGAGCAAGAUUACGACUUUUACCCGGCGAACUGCUAAUGACAUUGCCGAGAAUCCACGUAUCCCCCCACAGAUGCGCCGCUUGAUGAAAAAUCCCGAGAUCCAAACCCUGCAGGAUGAAUUCGACAGUGCCAGGAUUUAUCUCGCUCGAUGGGCAAUGAGCAUCGCUGAACAGAGUGAGAAAGAGCGGAAGCAGCGUAUCUGGACGGCCCAAGAUGUUCUCGAGUCUGAGAAUAGUUCAGUCGGAGAAUUCGAGAUCCUUGAACUAGAAACUGGAAAUCUUGCUCUUCGAGAGCGCCGGAAAACCCUUACUCUGGAAGAAUGGGAGGGAUUUUUCGAUCCAACGUCUGGAAGGUUACAGAUUACGGAAGAAGAAGUCAAGGAGAGAAUAUUCCACGGGGGUAUUGACCCGAACGAUGGUACCCGGAAAGAGGCAUGGCUUUUCUUACUCGGUGUCUACCCAUGGGACAGCAGCCUCGAGGAGCGACAGGCCUUGAUGAACUCGAAGCGAGACGAAUACAUUCGGCUCAAGGGAGGCUGGUGGGAACGCCUAGUUGAGGGCAAUUCCACGACAGAAGAAUUCGAGCAUUGGAAAGAACAACGGAACAGAAUAGAGAAAGAUGUUCAUCGCACCGACCGGACGAUCCCUCUCUUCGCCGGAGAGGACAUCCCGCACCCUGACCCUGACUCUCCAUUUGCCGAGACCGGUACCAACGUGCAUCUCGAGCAGAUGAAGGAUAUGCUCCUGACUUACAACGAGCACAAUCCGGAUCUAGGUUAUGUCCAGGGAAUGAGCGAUCUGCUGGCACCGCUCUACGCUGUGAUGCAGGAUGAUGCGGUUGCUUUCUGGGCGUUCGUAGGCUACAUGGACCGCAUGGAGCGAAAUUACCUCAGAGAUCAAUCCGGAAUGCGUUCUCAACUCCUUGCUCUUGACCAGCUUGUCCAGUUGAUGGAUCCCCAACUCUAUCUUCAUCUUCAAUCAGCUGAUAGCACAAACUUCUUCUUCUUUUUCCGAAUGCUGCUCGUUUGGUACAAGCGCGAGUUCGACUGGAGCGACACACUUCGCCUGUGGGAAGCUCUUUGGACGGACUACUUCUCCAGCAGCUUCCAUCUUUUUAUUGCACUCGCUAUUCUUGAGAAACAUCGCGACGUCAUAAUGGAUCACCUAAAACAUUUCGAUGAGGUGCUGAAAUACAUCAACGAGCUUUCCAACACCAUGGACCUGGUCCCUCUUCUUACGCGGGCAGAAUCGCUUUUCCAUCGCUUCGAGCGCGCGGUCCAGGCUAUCGACAAGAGAGAGAAUUUCCCCAGUGCCCCCACUGCCCAGCAACGACGACCUACCUCCGACGCUGAUUCUGCCUCAAACUCUGGAAAAGGAAAACAGGCACAACAGAGCACUGUUGGCUCCAGCAGUUCCGUCGCUGCCCCAAGUGCUCUUCAACAAUCCAUGGACAAGGAUAAGCCCAAGGUUAUCUCCCCGGAGCUACGCGAGCUCUUGAGAAAGGAUAUUCCCUGGAGGCGACAACAGACGUCGUGA